ACUAAUGUAUUCAUACAAAUUAUUUGUUCUGAUAUAAGGACUUUUUCCUAAUAUUUGAAAUUAGAAUUUAAUCUUUUUCAUAAUUCGAGUCGAUUAUUUUUUUAAUCGCAACUAUGUACCCGUAAGAAUUGAUUCUUUGCGACAUAACCAAAAAAGUGAUAAUGAUAAAGCGAUUAUAUAAAAGGCAUACAUCCGACACCACUAAUUCAUCAUUUAGAUUUCUCUGGCAACACAAAAGAAGUUAGCUCAACAUUAGGCAGUGAAAAAUUUGCAAAAGGAGUCUACAUAAAAAUCGCAUUUUUGUUAGUAUUGUUAAGUUUAUUUUGCAGUUUUGUGGAAAAAAGAAAAUAAUUUAUUAAAAUGGAUUUAGAAUACGUGCACAAAAUUAAAAAGGUGAAACUGGAGCUUGAAGAACAAGAAAACCCAAAUCCAGUUUAUCCACAACAGUCGCCGGUAAUUUUAGCAGGAGAUUCAGUAAUAAUGGACAGCCAAAUGAUUAAAACCCAAAAUCAACUAAAUGCUGGUGCUUGCCAAAUGGCCAGAACAGUUUUAAAUCCAAAUAGUCAAGGAAGUCUGAGAAGUACAUCAAGUCAAAGAAAUGAAGGAACUAUGAAUUCUACAUUAACGUCAAACAGCAUGAAAUUUACAUCAGUGCAAGGAACUUUGGCCACAUCGUCAUUAACAAAUGUCGCAAGUACAUCAACUCAAAAAAAUCUGUCGAUUAAAACAUCACAAGGAACAAUAAAAGCUACAUCCAGCCCAAAAUACAUGGCAAGUACCUCAUCGCAACAAAUUUUCGCCAAACCCGAAAAAAAAAGUGUAGCAUGUACAUCAAGUCAAAGAGAAGUGCCAAACAAACCAUAUGAACGAACUAUGAUCACUACAUUCAUCCCCAAAAGCUUGGCAAGUACAUCAUUGCAAGGACCAUUGGUCACAUCAAUAUCAACAAGUAUGGGAAAUAAAUCAACUAAAAUAAUGAUGCCAUGUUUGGUGCCUAUCACAUCAAAACCAGCAUCAACAAGUGUGGCAAGUACAUCAACUCAAAGAAAAGAGCCAAGUAAACCCAAUCAAAGAAGGAUGCCCGCUACGUCAAGUCCAAUGUGCAUGGCUGGUACAUCAACUCAAGAAAAUGUGGCAAAUAUAUCAUCGAAUAAUGUGAGCAUGGUAAAAAAAGCAGAACGGGUCCCAUUCAUUCCAUACGAUUGUGAUGCUCUCAAUGAGUGUGUGUCACACUUUCCAAAAGAUGAAAAUGGUGAUACGAUGCCAUUAUUGAAUCAGCCAAGGGCUGACAUGGAUUUCUUUUCAGAAAAGUUCGAUGAAUUGAAAUUAAAAAAUAAUCAAAAAGUAAGAAAGAUUCGAGCUGUUCAAGUUCCUGCAGAUUCCUUUAUUUCAAAUAAACGCAAUGAAUUGAAAAAAGCAGAACAUGCUAUGAACAACAUUACAACUGUUAGUAAUAACGACGAAGAUAAUGAGUUGAUGACUAAUGAAAACAUCUUGAAGAGUAUUUUGGCCCAAGAAGAUGAAACUGAAGAAAUUCCUCGAGAAGUUCUUGAAAAUUGUGAGAAGGCAAAAAGUCUUGACGCCGAUUUUCAACUACAAUAUGUAAAGAAGUUUUUGGCUGGAAACCCAAUAGAUACCAGCUAUCAUCCCACCAAAGUACGUGAAUACAUGGAAACAGGAGAAUACAUUUCUUCUGAAAGAUCCGAGGCGCGCAAGAAAAAUAUUCAAAAAUCAAGGGAAUCACACAUGAAAGACAAGAAACGCCGUAUAUUUUAUAAAGCCACUGUCGAGUAUUUAAGAGAAUCCAUCUCGAACACAAUUGCACAAUUUGUCACAAUGAAGAAAAUGCUUAACGGUGAAUAUAAUGGAAAAUUGCUGGAGUUAAUUGGCAAUUCCAAUAAUGAAAAUGGAUACGAACACGACUUUAUGGGUAAUAAUUCCGAUGGCACACAAUUUAGCAGUUAUCAACCGGUAACAAAUAUGGCUAAAAAACGUAAGAUUACAGAUAAUGGAGGAAAAUCAUGAUCGACCUCUCAAAAUUAACAGAUAUCUUCUAUAGAUAUGGACAGUUUAGAUUUAGAAUAUUACAGAAUGUCUUUGCAAGUUGUCAUCAAAUAAGAAUGACCAAUGAUUUUAUCUUUUUUACUCCCAAUUACAUAUUAUUUUAAAAAAAUCAUUUAUAUUUCAAGCAUUUUAUAAGCAGUUCUUGCGAGGCAUAUUUUUAAAUACAAGAUAAAGUUUUAUAUGUUAAAAAAAU